CUGCCCGCGGAGUGUUGUGGUGUAGCUCGACUGGUGGUUUUCGGCGUUUCCCCCGUGUUUAGGGACGAGUUGCUGUUUCCGAGGAAGUCAUGGGGGAGGCAGAGAAGUUUCACUAUAUCUACAGUUGCGAUCUGGACAUCAACGUGCAGCUUAAGAUAGGAAGCUUGGAAGGGAAGAGAGAACAGAAGAGCUAUAAAGCUGUCUUGGAAGAUCCAAUGUUAAAGUUUUCAGGGCUGUACCAAGAUACGUGCUCUGACCUUUAUGUUACUUGUCAAGUUUUUGCAGAAGGAAAGCCUCUGGCCUUGCCAGUGAGAACAUCUUACAAGGCCUUUAGUACGAGAUGGAACUGGAAUGAAUGGCUGAGACUACCUGUGAAAUACCCUGACCUACCCAGGAAUGCCCAAGUGGCCCUGACUGUAUGGGAUGUGUAUGGACCAGGAAAAGCGGUGCCUGUAGGAGGAACAACAGUUUCACUUUUUGGAAAGUAUGGCAUGUUUCGCCAAGGGAUGCAUGACUUGAAAGUCUGGCCCAAUGUAGAAGCAGAUGGAUCAGAACCUACAAAAACUCCUGGCAGAACAAGCAGUACUCUUUCAGAGGACCAAAUGAGCCGCCUUGCCAAGCUCACCAAAGCUCAUCGACAGGGACAUAUGGUGAAAGUAGAUUGGCUGGACAGAUUGACGUUCAGAGAAAUAGAAAUGAUAAAUGAGAGUGAAAAGCGAAGCUCUAAUUUCAUGUACUUGAUGGUUGAGUUUCGAUGUGUCAAGUGUGAUGAUAAGGAGUAUGGUAUUGUUUAUUAUGAAAAGGAUGGUGAUGAAUCAUCUCCAAUUUUAACAAGCUUUGAGUUAGUGAAAGUUCCUGAUCCUCAGAUGUCUAUGGAGAAUUUAGUUGAGAGCAAACACCACAAGCUUGCCCGGAGCCUAAGAAGUGGGCCUUCUGACCAUGAUCUGAAACCCAACGCUGCUACCAGAGAUCAGCUAAAUAUUAUUGUGAGUUAUCCACCAACGAAGCAGCUUACGUAUGAAGAACAGGAUCUCGUUUGGAAAUUUAGAUAUUAUCUGACUAAUCAAGAAAAAGCAUUGACAAAAUUCUUGAAAUGCGUCAAUUGGGAUCUACCUCAGGAGGCCAAACAGGCCUUGGAACUUCUGGGGAAAUGGAAGCCAAUGGAUGUAGAGGAUUCCUUGGAGCUGUUAUCCUCUCAUUACACCAAUCCAACAGUGAGGCGGUAUGCUGUGGCCCGGUUACGGCAGGCUGAUGAUGAGGAUUUGUUGAUGUACCUGUUACAGUUGGUUCAGGCUCUCAAAUAUGAAAAUUUUGAUGACAUAAAGAAUGGAUUGGAACCUACAAAGAAGGAUAGCCAAGGCUCAAUAUCAGAGAGUGUGUCAAAUUCUGUAAUAAAUUCCACAGAAGUAGAUAGCUCCCAAAUUAUAAGCAGCCCUCUUCCUUCUGUGUCUUCCCCUCCUGCCGCAUCUAAAGCAAAAGAAGUUUCAGAUGGUGAAAAUCUGGAGCAGGAUCUGUGCACCUUCUUGAUUUCAAGGGCUUGCAAGAACUCAACACUAGCUAAUUACUUAUACUGGUAUGUUAUAGUGGAAUGCGAAGAUCAGGAUACUCAGCAGAGAGAUCCGAAGACCCAUGAGAUGUAUUUGAAUGUGAUGAGGAGAUUCAGCCAGGCGCUGCUGAAGGGUGACAAGUCAGUCAGAGUCAUGCGUUCUUUGCUUGCUGCACAGCAGACAUUUGUAGAUCGGUUGGUUCAUUUAAUGAAAGCAGUGCAACGUGAAAGUGGAAAUCGCAAGAAGAAGAAUGAGCGACUCCAGGCAUUGCUCGGAGAUAAUGAGAAGAUGAAUCUGUCAGAUGUGGAACCUAUCCCUUUGCCUUUAGAACCGCAAGUCAAAAUUAGAGGAAUUAUUCCAGAGACAGCUACAUUAUUUAAGAGUGCCCUGAUGCCUGCACAGUUGUUCUUUAAGACAGAGGACGGAGGCAAAUACCCAGUUAUAUUUAAGCAUGGAGAUGACUUACGCCAGGAUCAACUUAUUCUUCAGAUCAUCUCACUUAUGGACAAGCUAUUACGGAAAGAAAAUUUGGAUUUGAAAUUGACACCAUAUAAGGUACUAGCCACUAGCACAAAGCAUGGCUUCAUGCAGUUUAUCCAGUCAGUUCCUGUUGCUGAAGUUCUUGAUACAGAAGGCAGUAUUCAGAACUUUUUCAGGAAACAUGCCCCAAGUGAGAACGGGCCGAACGGCAUCAGUGCUGAGGUCAUGGACACUUACGUUAAGAGCUGCGCUGGCUAUUGUGUGAUUACGUAUAUCCUUGGCGUUGGAGACAGGCACUUGGAUAACCUGCUGCUGACGAAGACAGGUAAACUCUUCCACAUAGACUUUGGGUAUAUUUUGGGCCGAGAUCCGAAGCCUCUUCCUCCUCCGAUGAAGCUGAAUAAAGAAAUGGUGGAAGGAAUGGGGGGCACGCAGAGCGAGCAGUACCAGGAGUUCCGGAAACAGUGUUACACGGCUUUUCUCCACCUCAGGAGGUACUCAAAUUUGAUUUUGAAUUUAUUCUCUUUGAUGGUUGAUGCGAACAUUCCGGAUAUCGCUCUUGAACCAGACAAAACUGUCAAAAAGGUUCAGGAUAAGUUCCGCUUAGAUCUGUCGGAUGAAGAGGCGGUGCAUUACAUGCAGAGUCUGAUCGACGAGAGUGUCCACGCGCUGUUUGCUGCGGUCGUGGAACAGAUUCACAAGUUUGCCCAGUACUGGAGAAAAUAAACCUGGACUUGGCCUGUCAAGAUAUUUAUGACAAAAAGCUGCAAUGGGAAGCAAGCUGAUAAGGAGGACCUCAGAGCAACAAGGAAGAGCAUAGCCCGUUAUUUCCUGAAUGUUCCAUAAUGCCU